AUGGGCUGCCCCACGCUCGCGCUGCUGCUCGCCGCCGCUUCUGCUUCUGCGCAGUACGUGCCUCCCGACGAGUCGCAGGCGCUGCUGGACCCGAACGCGAAAUAUCCCGGCGAAUGCCCCUGCAAGGACAAGGCCCUCUGCGAGCUCCAGGCGGCGCCGCGCUUCGAGAAGGAGCUCUUCGCCUUCCACGUCGCAGGCGAGGGAUACAACAUGCAGCAGUGGCGCCGCUACGACUGGAGCCGCCUCACGACCGUCGCCCUCUGGGAGUUCCUCGACUCGUCCGCGGAGCUCUACUGCUACGCCAAAUCGAAGCGCGUCCGCGUCGUCGUGCCCGCGUCGCCGGAGGUCGCCGUCUACGGCGGGACCAACGAGUCCGCCAAGGCCGCGUGGACGGCGGGCGUCGCGGAGAACGUGCGGCGCUACUUCGCCGACGGCGUCAACAUGGACACGGAGGACGCGAUCGCGCCGGGAAACCGGACGUCGCGCGACGGCCUCACGGACAUGGUCAAGCGCGUGCGCGAGGCGCUGCCCGAGGGUGCCGUCGUCGGCUACGACGUGGGGUGGAUGCCGGGCAUCGACGGCCGCUUCUACGACGUCGCCGGCAUCGCCGAGCACGCGGACUAUUUGUUGAUCAUGGCCUACGACAUGGCUUCCUACAUCUUCGGCGCGUGCCUCGCGACCCCGAACAGCCCGCCGCCCCAGGUCCUCCAGGGCGUGUUGAACUACCUCGCGCUCGUGGACCCGUCGCAGCUCGUGCUCGCCGUGCCCUGGUACGGCCGCGAGUACCCCUGCGUGUCCGGCACGGCCAAGGACGCGCGCUACUGCCCCAUCGCGGCCGCGCCCUGGCGCGACGCCAACUGCACGGACGCGAAGGCGAAUGCCGUGGAUUUCAGCUCCAUGCCCGCGAAGACGGCGGCGUCCGUCGACGGCGCGCACGCCGACGCGAUCCUCGAGCAGUCCUGGAUGAACUUCGUCGACAAGGACGGCAACGUGUCGCAGCUGUGGUACGACGACCUCGCGAGCCUCGAGGCCAAGUACCGCAUCGUCAAGGACAAGGGGCUCCGCGGCGUCGGGGUCUGGACCGCGAACAUGCUCGACUACGGGCCCGCGCCGAGCUUCAACGACUCGUCGAAGGUGCCCCAGGCCACGCGGGACAUGUGGACGUCGAUCUCGACGGUGCCCUUUGACUAA